GAAGAAAUGAAGACGAUAACGAGCAUCUUGCAGCAUGGAUAUGAAUAUACCAAACCCUCCAACCCAUCAACCGGUACUAGACACAAGUAUAAAACCCCUGCUUCACCACUGAAAACCUACCACACGAAAUGUUCUCAUAUGUGGAUUUAACCGUGAAGGCUUACGAUGACCUACUCGUGGUUAAAGGGUUGGUGGGCGAUGACAAGAAUCUGAUGGAUCCUCUGUUCCGGCCGAUGAUUCGGGCCGCCGAUUUAGCGGGAACCAUCGAUUUAGCUUCUGACGUCUCGGACUCGAACAAGAUUGUGGGCACGACGGUGUGGUUUGGACCGAGAAAAUCACUGUUUGCUGAGCAGCGCAGAACAAAGAAAAUUAGGCCUGAACGACCUUAUGGGCAAGCUCUCCCCCGAAGUUCGUGAAUGGUGGGAGAAAAGUGUAAAUACGCUCUUCUCACCGACCGGCAUCAACUUAAUGUCGGAGGCAUAGUAUUGUCCCAAAACGUCGGAACUAGUGACCACCGCUUUAGGUUCAACAGGAGCACUAGAUUCGUGGUGGUCGCCACAUAUCGCUG